AUGAGAAAGUCACCGAGGAGAACCCAAACACUCCAGCCGCCGAGAGCCCCCUUUGGCACUUGGCAGCACGCGGCGGCAGGCGCCUUGGUUCAACUUGGUAGAGCCUCCUCGACGCAACUUUCGGAGCUGCUUUGUAUUUGAGAGGGGGAAGCCCGAGGCGGGGAAGAGCUUCGCCAGGCAGCGGCCACCUGCGGGGACUUCGGGAGCAGACGCCUCCCGGAAAGGAAGACGGACAAAAAGGCAGCAGAAGGCACACGGCCACCGCGGGGCGGGGGCUCUGCCGAGAAGUCCUGGUGCACCGGAGAGGAUUUCUCGCGCGCCCGCUGGCCGCAGACCCCGAGGCGGCCCUGGGCUGGGCCCCUGACCCCUCCUCCUGCGCGGGGGCGACGCCGGGGUCCCCGCGGGCAGCCGGCGUUGAUCUGCUCCGGGCCGAAGGUGCCCGCCCGGGCGGCGGGAGCAUGUCCAAGCCGGUGGACCACGUCAAGCGGCCCAUGAACGCCUUCAUGGUAUGGUCGCGGGCGCAGCGGCGCAAGAUGGCCCAGGAGAACCCCAAGAUGCACAACUCCGAGAUCAGCAAGCGCCUGGGCGCCGAGUGGAAGCUGCUCACCGAGUCGGAGAAGCGGCCGUUCAUCGACGAGGCGAAGCGCCUGCGCGCCAUGCACAUGAAGGAGCACCCCGACUACAAGUACCGGCCGCGCCGCAAGCCCAAGACGCUGCUCAAGAAGGACAAGUUCGCCUUCCCGGUGCCCUACGGCCUGGGCGGCGUGGCCGACGCCGAGCACCCGGCGCUCAAGGCGGGCGCCGGGCUGCACGCGGGCGCGGGCGGCGGCCUGGUGCCCGAGUCGCUGCUCGCCAACCCCGAGAAGGCGGCGGCCGCCGCCGCCGCCGCUGCCGCGCGCGUCUUCUUCCCGCAGUCGGCCGCCGCCGCAGCAGCCGCCGCUGCCGCCGCCGCCGCGGGCAGCCCCUACUCGCUGCUCGACCUGGGCUCCAAGAUGGCAGAGAUCUCGUCGUCGUCGUCCGGCCUGCCCUACGCCUCGUCGCUGGGCUACCCCGGCGCGGGCGCGGGCGCCUUCCACGGCGCGGCCGCAGCGGCUGCAGCGGCUGCCGCGGCCGCCGGGGGGCACACGCACUCGCACCCCAGCCCGGGCAACCCGGGCUACAUGAUCCCGUGCAACUGCAGCGCGUGGCCCAGCCCCGGGCUGCAGCCGCCGCUCGCCUACAUCUUGCUGCCGGGCAUGGGCAAACCUCAGCUGGACCCCUACCCCGCGGCUUACGCCGCCGCGCUAUGACCCCGCGGGGACGCGGCGCGCGCGUGUACAUAUGUAUAGUGCGAGUUCCGGGGGCCCCCUCGGGGGCGGUGUACAUAGGUGUAUAUAGCUGCCCGGCCGCGGGGGCGCGAGCGCGCGCGAGUCCGCUGGAGAUCGCCCAC